AUGCAGGCGCUGCUAGAGCAGCAGCGACGUAAGCACCGGAUUGCUGCAGCAGUAGGUGGUUCUUUGCGUCAGCGAGCGCAGCAGCAGCAGCAGCAGCAGCAAAUAGUUAUACAAAGAUGGCAAUGGAGGGAAGAAUACAAUCAAUUAAGGCAGCAAGAGCAGCAAAUAAAUUAUUCUUUAUUUAAUAUCUUGUCUUCUUGUGACUUCCUGCAGCAAACCUGCUGCUCCCCUACUGCAGCAGCUGCAGCAGCAGAUGCAGCAGCAGAUGAUGAUGCUGCAGCAGAACCAGCUGAAGCAGCAGCUGAAGACGUUGCUGCUGAUGCUGCUGCUGCUGCUGCUGCUGCAGUAGCAGAUGACAAUGAUGAAACAGAAAAAGUAGCAGCAGCAGAGGCACGAGCAGCAGCAGCAGCAGCAGCAGCAGCAGCAGCAGCAGCAAUAGCAGCAUCAGCAGCAGAAGCACCAUCAGCAGCAGAAAUAUCAACUGCAGCAGAACAAUCAGCAGCAGAAGCAGCAGAAGCAGCAGAAGCAGCAGAAGCAGCAUCAGCAGCAGAAGCAGCAUCAGCAGCAGAAGCGCCAUCAGCAGCAGACGCAUCAUCAUCAGCAGCAGAAACAUCAUCAACAACAGCAGCAGCAGCAACAGCAGCAGCAGCAGCAGCAGCAGGAGAUAAGAGAGCUGUAUAUCGUUAUAAGAGGAGCAGCAGCAACGAUAUACCUAAACAGUUUGCUGCUGCUGCUCCCUUUGGUCGUUUUGCUGGUUUGCUGCUGUCGACCUCGCAGCUGCUGCAGUUGCUGCAGCAAGCAGCAAAAGCAUAUGCGACGCAAGAAGCUGCUGCUGUUCCUGCUGCACUUCCUUAUACAGAAGAACAGCAGCAGCAGCAACAGCAGCAGCAGCAGCAGCAGCAGCAGCCUCUGCUGAUGGCAAGCUGUCUGUUUCAAUCCGUAGCAGCAUCACUGCAGCAAGAUGCAGCAGCACUAGAGAGGAGCAGCGAAGCUGCAGCAGCAGAAGCAGCAGCAGCAGUUGCUGCGUUGAGUGACACCAAUCUGCUGCCGCAGCUGCAGGAGCCGCUGCUGCUUCGGAGGCAGCAGCAGCAGCAACAGCAGCAGCUGCAGCAGCUAACCGGAGAAUCAGGCAGCCUAACAGACACAGAAGAUGACAUAGUAGGGGGAAGGGCCCCACAGGUACGAGCAGCAGCAGCAGCAGCAGAGGAGCUUGCUGCUGUUAUCCGCAGCAGCGCAUGCAAAUCCCCUGAGCAACAGCAGCAACGGCAGCAGCAGCAACAGCAGCAGCAGCAGCAGCAGCAGGUAUCGACGCAUGCAGCACUGCAGCAGCAAUGGAGGAAAAUUAUUGAGGUGUAUAGUCAACAGCUGCUGCAGUUAGAGGAAGAAGGAACAAAAGCCCUUAAGAGUUGGCAGCAGCAGCAGCAGCAGCAAAGACGAGAUCUAUACAAAGCAGCAGCAGCAAUUGUACAACACAUUGCGCCUAGACGGCUAGCAGACAGCAGCAGCAACAGCAGCGACAGCAGCAGCAGCAGCAGUAGUACAGGUGGGCAGCAAAGUGUACGGAGUAGCCCGUUAUCAGCAGCAGCAGGCUGCCUAUACAGUCCAACUGGUAGUAGCAGGCAGCAACACCAACACGGGCAGCAGCAGCAGCAGCAGCAGCAGCAGCAGCAGGAAAAGCAGGAGGAACAACAGCAUCAGCAGGCAAUGAACCAUCACGAAAAGCUUCAGGAACAGCAACAGCAGCAGCAGCAGCAACAGCAGCAGCAUCAGCAGGAGUGUGAGUAUGCUGAUGAGGAAGUGUUAUGUGUAUUGAUGACACUUCGUUGGUUAAAUAGAUCUGAAUUGGGGUGUACGUACACCCGAAUUAAGCGGUUCUUUCCCCUUGCUGCAGAUAAGAAAAUAAAAUAUUUACUGCAUGCACAGCAGCAGCAAAAUCUUAUUAAUCAACGUUUAUUAACAUGUAUUCGUGUAUGGAAGGAAGCAAGACAGCAGCAGCUAACUCGUGUGCUGCAGCAGCUUGCUGCUGCUGCAGCACGUUGCAAAGAAGCAGCAGAUAGCUGCCGCAGGAAGCAAAAGCUAAAUAAUAAACGCAUGCAGCUGCAGCAGGAACUGCAGCAGCAAAGAGGAAGGAAGGAGGAAGCAACAAAACGCAUGCAAGAAGCAGAAAGAGCAGCAAAAGAAGCUGAGGUGUAUAGACAGCUACAAAAGAGUAUAAAGGAAAAAGAAAGAAGAGAAAAAGAUAAAGAAAAUAUAAAAGAAUUCAGAAGACGUAAGUUACUAGAGGAGCAGCAGCAGGAGAAAGAAAGAUUAGCAGCAGCAGCAGCAGCAGCAGCAGCAGCAGAAGCACCCCAUAUAAAGCUGCUGCGCGAAGCCCGUGUAGCAAGACGACAGGAGCAGCACAAGUUGCGUUUGCUGCGGCAGCAGCAAGAGAGACAAGAGAAGCAGCAGCAGCAGCUGCUGCUGCAGCAGAGGCUAUUAGCAGCAGCAGCAAAAUUAAAACCUUUAAUAGACAACGAUCCUUUGCGUAUAUGGCGACCAACAGCUUCCUCUAAUAUAUAUGCAGAGAUAAUAAAACAGCAGCAGCAGCAGCAGCAGCAGCAGCAGCAGCAACAGCAGCAGCAGCAGCAGCGUCUAAAUAGUUUUUCUGUUGAGAAUUCCUUUAGCAGCAAUGAAUUAAUGAAGGAUAUUCGCUAUAGGCUUAGUGAUGCAUUUGCUGCUGCUAAUUUAUCUGCUGCUGCUGCAGCACAAGAUUUAUUAAUAAAAAUGUGCCAACAAGACACAACUAUUAAUAAUAUCUUUCCUUCUUAA